GUGAUCGUAUCUGUGCGCAUGUGUAUGUGCGUGUCACGGGUUUCUCCUAUUACCAAUAAUACGAGAGAGUAAUAUCCAAAGAUCUUGCUCGUUCCAAUGACCUUUCUUAUUUUCGAGUAAUACCUUACGUAGUACAAUAGUAUUUGCAUCCGAUUAAAAGAAACUAAAUUAUCAAAUUGUCAAAUAGGUUUCGUAGACUGAUUGAUUGGAAAGUCAAGUGGAUCGCGGAGUUUCCGAUUUUAGUUGUUGUGAGCUUGUAAAUGCGUACAUGUGCAUACAUAUGUAGAUAGAUGCGUUUUUCAUCAUGCACGAUCAAACUUUCGAUAUUGACAUCUUUGAAUGAUAUGCAAAUGUCGAUAUUUGGCAUCGUCUUAUUACCCUUUACUCUGGCUCAUUUAUAACAUACACAGAAGCUGUAACUAAAGUAUUAAGGAUUGUAGUGAACUCGAGCAAGAUUUUCCAACAAUCUUUUAUAUGAUCGUGCAGUAAAAUAAUAACGUGAAAUGGCAGAGGAGUGCAACGAGGUUAAAUCAGCAGGACCAUCUUCACCAAGAAGUCCACUCAGCAAUGGAACAGGUGUAAAAGCUUGUAGUCCACAUUCUCCGAGACAACCAAGGCGUAUAAAGCUAACAGGACAACAAUUGGAUAACUUAACAAAGGAGGAAUUGGCAGCCAAGUGGCAAGAACAGGAUUUAUAUGUGGAAUAUCUAGAGGCCCAAGCAGCAGCCCAGGAAGGUGAAUUAGCUUCGUUGAGAGAAUCAGAAGACAAGUUCAGACAGCAGCAUAUCGAAGCAUCUCAUCGUGAAAAAAUCUUAGUGAGGAGGCUAGCCUCUAAAGAACAGGAAUUGCAAGAAUGUGUUAAUCAAAUAUCUGAAAUGAAAGCAGCCCAAGUUCCAUCUGCUGCUUCGUUAAGGUCCGCUUUGUUAGAUCCAGCUGUAAAUAUUUUGAUACAAAAAUUAAGGCAAGAAUUGGUCACAACAAAAGCUAAAUUAGAAGAUACACAGAGUGAAUUAAGUGCAUGGAAAUUCACACCAGAUAGUAACACUGGAAAAAGGUUAAUGGCCAAGUGUAGAUUAUUAUAUCAAGAAAAUGAGGAAUUGGGUCGAAUGAUAGCCAGUGGUAGAAUUGCUAAAUUAGAGGGUGAACUUGCAUUACAAAAAAGUUUCAGCGAAGAGGUCAAAAAAUCUCAAUCAGAGUUAGACGAAUUUCUUCAAGACCUAGAUGAAGAUGUGGAAGGUAUGCAAAGUACAAUUUAUUUCUUGCAACAAGAAUUACGUAAGGCACGAGAGUCGGUUAUUUUAUUGCAACAAGAAAAUGCGGUAUUGAAAAUAACCGGCGCUGCCGGUGAGAAUAAUUCAACAAAUUUAACUAACGGAUUAUCACCCCAUACAUCUUCAAUCAAAAAGGAAAAAACAGAGGAUAAUAUAGCUAUAGAAGUAAAGAGCUCGAAACUAUUAACAGAAGGAAGUGAUAUGUGUAAAACUACGAGAACUUCACCGUUACUAGAUAAUAGUAAACUACUUCAAAGUGAGCGCGCAAGUAUUGAAAGAGGAGUAGAUCGAAUAGACAGAAAAACAAAUCAAACAGAUCAGAAUGACGAAAGUUCGAGCGAUUCGGCUGCUUUAAUAAUCAAAGUCGAAAAUGAAGAGUUAAGUGAUAGGGAAGAAGAUCACGAGGAAAAUCGAAAUAACAAAAAAACAUUGAGGACUAAGAGUUAUGAUAAAUACAGUGGAAAAACAAACGGGGAUGAAGUAUUGACUAGAGCGACUAGGGGUAGGGAAAGGACAAAAAGGGACAAAAGUGCACCGAGCAGUGAUGACGAAAGGACGCAUAAAAAGAAAAGAAGAGAGAGUGUUCUUUCUCUGGAUUAUAACGACGCUGACGAUGAUGCAUUAGUUCUGACCAAUGGUGAGACUCUUCAAAGUGAUCCCGAGUGAAUAAUCCAUAUUAUGCAUUAUUGUUUCAUCGCACGUGAUUUUUUAGAGAAAUAACGUGGUUCGCAAUAUAGGAUUAAUGUCCAUUGUACAAAAACAGAAUUUGUACUUAUUUCUUGGUAACAAAAUUCUGUGCUAUUCUAAUCCUGUAGUAUUAUAGUUCGUAUACUAAUUAUCACGUGUAACUUUGUACUUCUGAUACUAUUGGUAAUUCUUGAAUUGAGUCAAAUAAGCUAUUAUCUCAUUUUCAUAUUUCCUUAUAUCACUCUCUGUGUGUAUAUUAUAUUAUAUUGUAUUCAUCGUAUCCUCUCCCCCUUCCCCUCUCCUCUCUCUCAAUCCUAUUUUAUUCUAUUGUAUUACAUUUCAAUUUAUUCUACUCUCUCCUACUUUGACAUCUACAUAUAUAUGAAUUUAAUUUGUAAAUAAGAAUUUGUGAACCACAUAUGAUCCACGAGUCAUGAAAUAUUCUAUUUACGUCUUCGUUGAUUAUCAAUGGGUGGUUUGGGUGAAAUAAGGGUAUUUUGGUACAUUAUUUUUUAAUAACUAACCAAAAUUAGAUCAAAAUUGCGUGAGAAUUAAUUUAUUUGUAUCUCAUUAAUGAAGUAGCAAAAAAAGAGAAAAGAAAAAAAAACAAUGAAUUUAAAAAAUUUAUCUUGAGUUACUUCUUUAUACACACUGAAUGGUUAUAUCGUUAUUAGUAUAUAGAAAAAAUAUCUCUACGGGUAAUAUACACAAAUAGCCCUUGAAGAUAUAAAUCUAGUUUAUUGCGCGUAUGUAUGACCUGUGUUGUUCCCCAUAUUAAAUAUGUGUAUGCACGCACAUGUCAUGUAUGAAUUGUGCUUUCAAUUAUGCGUAAAAAGAUCUAUUUGUUAGUCUAUAAAAUACUUAUAAACUAUUUAAAAUAAUAACAUCAAUUCAUUUCAAUAAAACAAAAGCUGAUCUCAUAAAAAGAGAUACAUUACAUCAAUUAUGCAUUUUGUAUCUCUAAUUUUGUCAGUGACUAAUGAUAAAUGUACAAAACGCGCGUUUAUAUUACUUUGUAUUACCUAUGUGAGAAAUAUAAACAUCUUCUUUAUUAUAACUUAAAGGAAAAAAAAUACACUAAAAUUUGCCAUCUCACACAUAUUCUAUAAAAAAUAAAUCAUUUCUAUAAACAA